AUGGCAAAUGAGUUCAAAGAGAAGAUUGUAUUCAAUGGGCUGAUAUAUAUCGUGGUGGCAUUGAUGUUCAUUUGCUUCCUACUCCUAUCGACAUUCCCUGGAUGGCAUGAGGAAGUUGACGAAGACGGCUCAGAGCUCCAUGUGAAGCCAUUCCCUUCUGAAGCUGUAACAUUGGCUUGUUUACUCGCUCUGGGUGCCAGCUCUGGGUUUGGUUUUAUCUCCAUACUGUGGCAGCACGUUAACAGCAGUGCUACGGCGACAAUGGCCGAAAUCCUCACUUAUGGCGCUGUCUCAGGUCAUGUGGGAGGCGUGGCAAUGGCACUGGGAUGGUUGUCUAUAGGACUCGUUGCGUUAGUCUGUGUGGGGCUUUGGGUGAUGAGACUGAGUAUAUCUCUUGUACGCAAUUUAACGGACGAGUAA